AUGCGUUCUCUCGUGGCAUUGGCGGCUCUCGCCCUCUCGGGCACCGCCAAUCUAGCCGCAGCGAGUGUCUGCAGGCCUAAAAACCCUACCUCUACACUGGCGUCCAAUCUUGCUUCCACCAGCACGGCCACCGGUUCGGAACCUACUCAGACCGGCGCCCUCCCCAAGGUUCGCAACCUCGCUAGCAACGGUAACAUGGGCGAGAUCGACCCAGAUGAUCCCACAGCAUUCCCCGACUGGGAUGUCGAGGGAGAGUGCAAGAUUGUUGGAGGCCAGGGUCGUCCAGAACCCGGCAGCAACGAACGAGGCGCUGCCGCCAUGAGUGCCUCCAACACCGGCUCUGGAAAGCGAGACAUGGGCAUCUCUGUCAGUAUCUCGCAGACGAUCGCCAACCUCGACCUCACGACACCUUAUACCAUCCGGUUCUACUACCUCGUCGUCACAUCACCGCAGGCCAUCAACCUCUGCGAGCUUACAGCCUACCUCGGAGGCGCCGUCUUCCACCAGAGCUGGGUCUUCAGUCAAGGAACUGCCAUCUCAUGGAACGAAGUCCUCAAGUCGGUCCAGCCCGCCCAAGUCAACGCACCUCUCCGCAUCGGAAUGAACUGUCUUUUGGGUGGAGGCGCCACCAUCCUCGUCGACUCUGUCUUUAUUUCGAACCUUGUUACACCCGAGACCAUCAACGACUUUGUCAUUGACUUUGGCAACUCUGGCACUGGAGAGAACCCUCCUCUCACGCCCCCUGCACCAGAGUCUCAAUUCACUACUGCCUGGACCGAGCCCGGCACACAGUCAUCCUCAACACUGCCAGACACCACAUCAUCCGCUCCUCCUACUUUCUGCUCCAAGGCCCUCAACGGCGGCUGCUGGUGGAAGCGCCCUUGGAGUGGCGAAGACAUGGUCAACUGCGCCAGCCGAGGUUCCUGGCCCGGUCCUGACGGCCAGGGCUGGGAGGUCACCGAAUAUCCUGACAACUGGCCCACGCCAUGGAGCCAGCUGUGGUGUUUGGGCUGGUGCUCCCUUACUCCCGGCUGCAAGUCUGUUGCUUACAUGCCCGACAGUCGAACCUGUCGCUUCUCAAAGUUUGAGGUGCAGGACUCGACCUUUGUUCACGGACCUAACCCUAAUGUUGAUACCCCGGGUGUCUUCUAUUGGCAUGAUCUUUCAUGCUUCAACUGCCCUUGCAACGACGAGGACGAGGUGACAUCUGUGCCGGAGAUUCCUAGCACGGCUACUACCACCCAGGCUGAGCCUACUUCGGAGCCUACAAACAAUUUCAAGCUUCCCCCGGCUUCCACUUGUCCCAAGGCUCUCAAGGAUGGUUGCAAGUGGACCAACCAGGAGAUCGGUCAUGCCUUUUGCGCCUACCGAGGUACCUGGCCCGCUGACGACGCUGCUGGUUGGGCUGUUUCGCCGCCUGAGGACUAUCCCAUUGCUUGGACUCAGAUGUGGUGUGUCGCUUGGUGUUCUCUUGACCCCCGCUGCAAGUCUGCCGCCUGGAUGGAUGAUCGUUCGUGCCGCUUCUCGACCCACGAGGUCCAGGACGCCGACUUUAUCAUGGCUGUUAAUCCUAACGAGGAUAACCCCGAGGAGGGCAUAUAUUACUGGCACGACUUGUCUUGCAUGACCUGUGCCUGUCAUGACGAUCCCACAACUACCACACUUGUUACCACCACAACUCAACCUUCCCUCCCUGGCGGCCAGGAGGAGACC